CUUUACACAGCAUAGCAUGAGCUAUGUGCUUCUAGUUCUCAUUGAAACAGCAAUCCGAAAACAUUUAAUCUGGCGAAGUUCCUGUCCAAAUUCAUAUAAUCAUGUGGUUUUUAGCCCUAUUAGUAAUGUUUCACCUCAUCAAUCUUGGUUGUACCGAAAGCAAGUACAAUGUGACUUAUGGAGAUUUAGACAAGUGCAAACAGUACAACGCAGUUAAUGGCUACAACUACCACGCCUUCUACCAACUGGAUGAGCUGGAAAAUCACAGCAUCGAUAACGAAACCAUAGUCAACCUACGUUUAUUCGUAGUGGCGGCCAAGGAUGCCCACGUCCUUCUAUCAGACAUCGGUUCGACAUCCAACGAUGCACAAGUUUAUGAAAUAGUUAUCGGUGGCGGCGCUAACACAUUUAGCGAGAUAAGAAAACAACGCAAGAAGAAUCCACUCAAGACGAAAACGACACCCGGUGUUCUUUCACCGAUCGAUCCGCUGCCACUGCGGAUCCGUAUCACCAGGGAUGGACUGAUCGAGGUCGGAAUUGAAGGACAGGAUCUACCCCUGCUGUCAGCAACGGACAAGAACAUAAUAACGGUCCGCUAUCUGAGCUUUAGCUCAUGGGGAUCAACACAGGCCAAGUGGUUCUACGACUGUCCAAGCGACACUCAAGAAACAGAAACACAACUGGAAGAAUUUGACCCAGUGAAAAAUAUGACGAGCAUGGCGAAGUUACUCUAUGAACUGCAAAUGAACGUGUCUUUCGAUCCACCGAAGUGGUACACACCAAUUGAACUUAAGAAGUUGGUGUUUACAAGAAUUGCGUACCACUCGUGGAAAAAUUCACUGGAAACUAGAGCUAUCACUCGCCUGUCUUGGCGUGAUAACCGGACUACUUGGGUACCCGCUGAGCACGGAAACAUAACGAAAGUUAUCGGAUUUCAGUAUCUACUGUGGACACCGACGCUAGUCGCUAAGGACGAAGCAGAAUCGGUAACCCUCGAGCUGUUAGGAAUUGACCAUAUGACUUUUUCGUACGACGGUAGCUUCGAGUUCGUUUCGCGGGAAAUCACAACGGAAACCUUCUGCUCGCUUCGAGAAUCUCCCGAUUGGCCCCAUGAAACCAACGAGUGUGAUCUAGUGCUCAGUACCGACGUUCCGCUAUCGCCGUUGAAAGUGACGUCGGAAGCUGUGAGCUUCCACCCCAAUAUGAUUCAGUCGGACUGGAAUGUGGUAAAGAUUACCAAACACGAGAACGUCAAUAAUCACGAGCUUUUUGCUUUACACGACGGAAGUCCGCGGCAGGAGACCAUUGUGAGACUGCAUCUUAAGCGAAAUAACGAAUUUUACGUUACCGUUCUUUUCGCACCAUACUUCAUGUCAAAUGUUAUGAUUCUGUUGUCAUUCUGGCUGGACGGGAUGUUAAGAAUUUGGACCAACGGUCUCGGAAUCAUCAUUCUUAUUGUAUCGUUUCUACAAAUGUCCGGAUAUGCCCCACAAACCUCUGAUCCUACCAUUUUUAAGUUUUUCCGCUACACUCUCCUCUGUUCCUGGUUCUGUGUGCUUCUAUUUGUACUGGACAAGUGGUUGCGCACUUAUGGGCCGAAGAUGGCACCGGACUCGUGGUUGGCCCGAUUUCUCAGCUAUCCACAUUUGAGAUUUUUCCUUCGGCUCGAUGGUGGUUCGAGCUACGAUAACCUUCAUGGGAAGAAUAUGGAAUGGCGUGACUUUGCAAAAGUGUUGGACCGAAUUGUGUUUGUGAUAAUGGGUGGAAUUUUUGCUGCGGCCUGCUUCAAAAAGAUCUGAACGAUUUCAUCGAGGUGCAUUUAGGGAAAUCUUUUGAUGACCAAAUAGCAAUAGAUAUACUCAAUAACUGAACAUAUUGC